GCUUGUAGUAUAAUAGGAAGAGAAGAGUGGACGAAAGUUUGUUGCCCGUGUGGAUGUAUUAGGUUUUUUUGUAGCUGGUGGGGAGUUUUCAAGUGGUUAGGUUGGCAACGGUGGACGGCGGCGUUAAUUGGAAAGGCGCUUCGUAACGCCAGUCGCGUCCGAUCCUCCAUCGAGUACGCAGCCAUGUGUCAGCCGUCGCGUGUCCUGUUCGCCGUCCUCGGACUUCUGAGUGUUACGUCGGGCCUUCAAACCAAACAACAGUUUCGUUCGGAGGAGUUUCGCGUGGUGUACGAGUGGUACAAGUUGGACUUCACCUGGCCCGACGAGUCGGCAAAGCGAACGGCGUUCCUCAGUCGCCGUUUCGUGCCCCAGAACAACAUCAUCAGCGGCAUCAAGAUCUGGAUGCACAAGGUGUUCCUGACUCUGCCGCGCUGGAAGGAGGGUGUUCCCGCCACCCUUGUCACCGUACCUUCUAUCCCGGUCGGACCGAGUGCAUCCCCUCGACUGGAACCCUUCCCGUCGUGGGAGUGGCAGGACAUCAACAACUGUUCCGCAUUACAGAACGUUCACGCCGUUGAGAUCGACCUGGACGGGAUCCUGUGGGUUGUCGACUCGGGAACCAGCAACGAGCUCGAAUACCCCGACUACAGUUGUCCUCCCAAACUCCUACAAUUCAAUGCCGAAACUAGAGAGCACUAUGACACCUACACCUUCCCACCAGGUACCAUCAACAAAGACAGUAUAUUGUUUGAUAUUGUGGUGGAUCCUAGAUCAAGAACGGCGUACAUCAGUGAUUCGAGCGAGACACAACCGGGGAUUAUCGUGUAUCGACAGGGUGUGUCAUACAAGGUGACAGGAGGCAUCUCAAUGCAAUCAGACCCCUCUAUAGGGAGUAUUGUCGUGAACGGCACCGAGGUAAGACGCCAACAAAACGUCGGACCUCUAGCGUUGUCAGUGGUGGAGAGAGUCCUCUACUUCAGCCCGGUCACCAGUCAUCACCUGUACUCAGUGCACUUGUCAGCACUUGACCGUCCCGGUGACAUCUCCUCGUCGGUUCGAGACCUCGGACGCAAGCUCAACUCCUCGUCUGGCAUGAUCCUCGACUCGAAACACGUCCUCUACUACGGCCUCCUCGAGAGCAACGGCAUCGCCCGAUGGGACUCGUCGAGAGACCCUUUCUCCACGGGACAGCGCAUCAUCACUGAGGAUGCAGCCCUUCUGCAGUGGCCUUGUGCCUUCGCGUUCGACCAGCAGCGCGCCCUUUGGGUCAUCUCCAACCGAUUCCAGACCUUCCUGGCCAACACCAUCAACCUCGAAGUGCCCAACUUCCGCCUCAUCAAAGCCUACACCGGAACUCAGUCCUAUCUCUACGCCAACGAACCUCAGUCACUGUCAGUAAGUUCUUCCACUGCUCUCCAAGCCACCAGUAUCCUUUUCCUAUUAUCUAUAUGCUUGUCAGUGAAAUUACUAUCAAACUCUAUGUGAAAAUGAAAAAAAUGAAACCAAUUGACAAGUCGACAGUAUUAGAAUGUUCAUAGUGUGUAAAUUACAGUCGUAACCUAGAAUUUGAUUAAUUAUCAUUACCUAGUAUAAUAGAGAAAAGAUAGCAUAAUGCUACCUUUUCUCCAUGCUACUAUAUAGUACGGUACUGGAAUAGAAUUCACAAGAAUAAAAUUUAAACUAAUUACAAAUUUUCUAAAACGGGAUAGAAAUUGUGUCAUUGUUUAGUUUAGUACCAUAGAGAAACAUGAGCUUCCCCUAUAGUCUGUCUGAGUAACCUCAUAUAGUACUGACUUGAAAUUCACAAAAAUAGCAAUAUCUUGAAAUAGGAAAACUUGACAUUGAAAAAUUAAAUGAUUACGGUUUGAUGAUUGAAUAAUAUUGGAAUUUGUUAAAUCAACUUGAAAUGCCCAGAAACUACAACCAAUGAAAAUUAUUCAUAAGGUACCGUAUCCAGUUUUUAUAAUCCAAUUUAAAACACUAUGUUAUUGAAAUUCGGCGAAAAAAUACAUAUUUUACUAUUUUGAUAUGCCUAAACAGAUCAAUUCAUAUUCAAUAUUGAAAGAUACUUUUUGGACUCAAUUACCAUCAAAAUUGAGCUUAGUUUUCCUCUUUCAGAAUAUGAUAUCUGUUAUUAUAGAUCAUUAAAAUAAUAUUGUAUUUGAUAAAUAAAUUAUUGAUUAUUAGGUUUCCCUUACAAUCCUAUUUGAACAAAUAGGUUCAUUUCAAAUAUUCAAAUCAAUAUUCAUUCCCAAUUCGUAUGAGAUUUGUUUAAUUAAUUCACUUUUCAUCAAUAAAGUAUAUCAGAGUUAUGAAUAGACAAGCCGGAUACUUUAUUAGUAAUUAUGAUAAAAAGAUAUACAUUUCAACUUAUAAUUUAAAGCUAGAUCAGAAUGGGGGAGAAUCGUAUAUAAACCUAACAUCUUCUUCAAAUAGUAUAGUGAUGAGCUUUAUAGUCGAAACUAGUUCGGUUACGAAACUUGAAGCUUUGAAGAAAACCAUAUUUUAGUGCAUUCUUGGCGCUCUUCCAAUUUUGUCUAUAAAUAAACAAUAGAGCUACAUCAAUGAUAGAGAUAAUAUUGUUGAUAUUGACCGUAACUAGGCCUAGUAGAGUUAUAUAUAGUAAAAGUAUAUUAUAGUAAAGUUGAACUAUUUGAAAUAAUCCUGCAAAAGAAUUUUCUAUUGUUCAGAAGACCACAUUCAUCUAAAUACUUCGGGAUCGGGUGUUUGGAUUAUUCAAAUAAAAGGACUUGAGUCAGUAUCAUCAAGAUAUUAUCAAGAUUCAGAAAAGUUUCAUGCAUGUUGAAAGAUCUUGAAAUCGAUGUGAAGUGAAGUCCAAGAGAUGAAGAAAUAAUAAUUGCGGUCGUUAUUUGCAAAUGUAAGUUUGCGACCAUCAGAACAAUAGUAUAAGAGAUCAUCAGAUAUCAAUCGUAUGAUAUAGGUUUCUGUACUAGUUUUUCAUAAAAAAUGUAGCAUACAAACUUUUCAAAGCGACGAAGAGUUCCUUAGAGAGUAGGUACUGUACCGUACUUUGAUUCUUCAAAGAAUUGCAAUACAGGGAAAACGAUUUCUUAUUAUUCUUUACGAGUUAGGAGUAGAGUAUGCAACACAAUUAACAUUCAAGGUCAUCUCCAGCAUUUUAUUGAUGUUCAUGAACUUGAGAAUUGUCCAUUCAAAUUCAGCCAGACACUGAUUGCAAAAAUCAAAUUUUCUAGAACUACCAAAUCAAUUUAUAUUAAUCCGUGCAAGCUGUAUAGUGGUUGUUGGAAUCGUUCUAGAAUUUCAGCUAAUAUAGAUAAAAUCUGAAUUUCAAGAUUCCUUCCAGGCAAUCAGCUGUUCCUUAGAGCUGCCUUUUUGGACAUUUCUUCAAAUGGAAGGAAAAAGUGAAUACUGGUACAAUAUUGUUUAUCUUUUUAAUAGCUUCUUUAUUUCAAUAUUUUUCAUGGAGAUCAUAACUUAUGUCGUAUAUACCACUCUCUCAAUCUUUAGCUUCAAACCUUUCCUUUUGAUUAAUCUUCUAAUUUUCCCAUCAUUCAGUAGAAUACGAUAGUAUCCUAAUCACUUUUACUACAGUUUUAUUGUACUACACUUUCUACCGAAUCACUUUUACUACAAAUUCUUACUACACAUCAUCAAUCUUUUAAAUUACCACUCUUACAAAACAAAUUACUCACUUCAAAUGACUGAAAUACGAUACAAUAAUAGCUUUUGAAUCUGAUAAAAAGGUAAAGUACCGUACUCAAAAUAAAUUCACUUUAACAAACUUUGAAUAAGUAUGGUAGGCCUACUAAUCCUAACUGAAUAGAAACCAAUGAGAUUUUUUACAAAGAGAAACAUUGAAAAACAGAUCUAAUAUGCAAUGCAAAUAAUUGCAAAUUGUUUUGAGCUCAAUGUACAAAGAAUGGAGAACGCAAUUUAUAAAACAGCAAUUUGACAGCAAAAAUAUUCCGACCAGCAGGAGAAUAGAAGUCACUGUCUAAUUCUUUAUUGAAUGUAGUAUAAUCACUAAUUAAUUAUCGUCAUUCAGAUUUCUCUUUGUAUGGGCAUCAAAAGAAUAAAGCAUGAAUUGCCCUGAUUGUACCUGAGUGUCACAGAUAUAACUGUGACAAAACUAACAAGGUAUAAGAAUAUUCUUCUCAUUAUUUGUAUAGGCAUAUGUUCUCGAAUACAGUAUUCUUAUUCGUGUUCUCUCCACCGUGGUAUAAAUUUCGCAGAGGUAUGAGUGCCACAAUCAUCAACUUACUUGAUCAACUCCAUAGAACCCUUAAGAAAAGAGCCAGCAGUAGGUCUUUAUAAUUAAGGAAUUAACAUUGUUUAUUCUCAAUUACAAAGCUGCUCUAGAUAAAUGUGUUUUUGCAACUGGAUUCUUUGAUGGUUACCGUAUUGUCCAAGAUGAAGUUCAGUGGGUUGAUUGAUGCAAUUAACAAAUUCUUACUACACAUCAUCAAUCUUUUAAAUUACCACUCUUUCACAACAACUUGAACAUGAGUGAUGUACUUUUUGAAUUACACACAUAUAGGAAGGAUAAUUGAAACUGGAAUGAUACUUGUACAUAAAUUAUUGAGGUCAAUAGGAGAAACUCGAAGGCAAGUCUUCUGAAGACUGUCCAUUCAAACCAACUCAUAAGUAAAAAAUGACAACUAAUGUACACUACAUGUAACAGUAAUUUACUAUUGUGAGAACUGUAGAUAAGUGUAAAUAAAAUGACUAAAGGUCAUUUGAGAUGUAUUUUACUCUAUUAUUUUAUUGUAAUUAAUCGUUAAGUGUGAUAUCAUCUUUAUUUUUAAGUUUAUUAAUUACGACUUUUACUCUUCAAACUGUAACACCAUAGGGAGUAGAAUUGUAAACUUGAGGUACUGUAAUAUCCUUUAAUAAUCUGCAUUUGAUAUGUGAGUAGUUGAAACUGAGAAAAUUCAAACAGUUUUAAAUCGUCAAAUUCUCAGAAUAUUUUAAAAAUUUGUUUUCUAGUACAAUGACCAAUAUCAUCACCAACGUUACUAGGCUAUUAAUAAUAGGUUAUUUUAUAACCGUAUGUUAACAAUAAUUAUUCAUCAUGAAACUAUACUUGAAUUUUCAAAAUUUCAAUAGCAGAUUCUUUCGAAGUUUGUGGAAAAAAAUAUACUUCUGUUAUUUUAUUCCCUCUAUUUAUACAUACAGUAGUCAGAAAUCAGUAGUACCGUACAUAAUUUUUAAAUUGAAAGAAAUAAUAAUAGCAACCAUAGCGAGGGAUCUAUUAUUAGAAUUAGAGAAUUUCAAAUGUAUACGGUGAUUUUAAUCUUAGAACACAUAAUUUUAUAUUCCCAUUUAAGAAAUAAUUUUAUUCUACAAAUAAUAAUUAAAUUCUAAAUAAAACUUAACAUAAAUAUGACAUAAAUUCCUUUAAAGAGGAGAUAGGAAAACCAUGAAGUGUCUGAAAAGAGGGCAAAAAUUUCAAUCGACCAAUUCAUAAAUUUAUUCCAUACUCAUCAAUCUUCACAUACGCCUAUAUAUAGAACCAUAUUUGUUGAAUAAUAUGUAUUUCUCAAAUUUGGAAUUAUUGUUUUAUCCCUGAGCAUUAAUAUAAUCCAACUCAAACAUAUCUCCAUCAGUUUUAAUAAAAGCCAAUCAGAGUACAAACUUUUGUAUUCCGCAUGACCUAUGCAAUAACACUCAUUGAAAAACAAGGAAAAAGUUAAUUGCUUUCAGAAACGUUAUUAAUUACCAGGAUUUGAUCGACAGAUCAGCAUAUAAAGACAGACAAGAUGAGAGAGACCCCUUUGUGUAUAUGCUCUUGUCUUGUUUUCGCUUUAUUUUCCAUCCACUAUUUCUUUUCAUGUCGAGUUAUUAAUGACCUUCAAGUUUCUCAUCAUCUCUUAUGUCAUCUGCUGGAAGUGCCAUUCAUUUCAACUUGACCGUCAGUUAACUAACCAUCAGUUAACUGUCAGUCAGUUUGUAACUUUUAAAAGGCAUUAAGGGCAAAAAUAGGACAGGCCAAUUUGGAUUAUUAAUAGUUAUUGAGAGAUUAGUUGAUCUUUAUUAUCGCAAUGUAUAAUGUAUGGCAGUAGGUGUAUAGUUUUGGGAGAAAAUCCAAGAUAAAGCCAGUUUUGCCUUUUGAAAAUAUUGUAAUUGCUCGAUCUAGAGAGAGAAAUAACCAUGAAAAGAAUUCUGUUUUAAUUUGAGAGGAAACACAAGUAGAAUCGUAGGAAAAAUGAUGUUUCCUUACAUCAGACAAUGCAAACCAUUUGAAGAAAAUAGCAAUUCUGCACCACAUAGUGCCUAAAUUCUGAUGAAUUAAUUGGAAUUAUUAUGGAAACAAAAUAUGAAAAUAUAUUUUGAUAUUAUAUGAAAAUUGAUUCAACAACACUACAAUCUAUAAUAUUUUAGUCUGAUUUAAACUAAGAAUAACACGAAAAUUUAUUCAUUAAUAUGCAAUAUAACUAUGAUUUUACAAUGUCAUAUCAAUUAUUGUGCCUUUUUCAAACUAUUGUAUUUUAAGAAUUCAAUAAUUUUGUUACCAUAUUACUUUUUAUAAUAAAAUCUCAACAAUAGUAUCUCAAAGCAAUUAGAAAAAUAAAAUAGGAAUGCGAUUUCUUUGCUCUCCACUAGAAGCUUUACUGAAUUCGAAAAUUAAAUUGCCUCUUUUACAGUAGACGAUAUUUAAAUGCAGGAUCAAUUUGUGUACUUAGUGUAAAUAGUGUAAUGUAAUAUUAUUUUUGUAAAUUAUUAGGUAAAAUAAAAAGUGAUAAAUAGAAAUA